GCAAGCAGGUGCAUGAAAGAGAUCUGAUGUGUUUUUGGGAGAAGACUGUUUAGUCAUUCAUCCACCAGGAGAAGAGAACUUAACAUGAUGAGUUUUUGUCCAUGACAAGAUUAGGUGAUGAUCUUUAUUUUUCAUUUAAACAGAACUUCUUCCUCAUUCAUAGAGGAACAUUUGGAGCGUUUACCCGUGAUUCUCAUUCCCUUAUUUGGAAUACAGUGGAUAUGAAGUGGGACGAGACCCAGGGCGAGUGGAUAUGAUUUUGAUAUGGACAGUGUGUGUUUGUGAGGUAGAGAUGGCCGCGCUCCGGACCCUCAACCCGAGCUGCACCCCGGGCUCUCGUCAAAUGCUUCAGUUUGGAUAACACACCAGACACACACAUACACACUCAUACAGGGAAAGGACCAUUUACAUAACACAAGAAAACCAAAGGUUGGAUUUAUCCCAACAUCUCUCUGGUGAAGCACCCUGAAGAAUCAAUAAGAGGGGAAACCCUAAGCUUAACUGAUAAAUCAUCCCAAAGAAAAAGAACAACAAGGAUGAGCGUGGGUCGGAUUGGUCGUUACAGUAUAGUGUCGACGGAGGAAGAUGCCUUGCGUUUAACCACCAUGCAUGGCGGAGGAAUAAACGGAUACGGUAACGGCAAAAUCCACACUCGACGGAAAAGUCGCAAUCGUUUUGUGAAGAAAAAUGGACAGUGCAAUGUGCAGUUCACCAACAUGGACGAGAAAUCCCAGCGCUACCUGGCGGACAUAUUUACCACUUGCGUGGACAUCCGUUGGCGCUACAUGCUGGUGGUUUUCACGCUCGUCUUUGUUGUUUCCUGGCUAGCGUUCGGAUUGGCGUUUUGGGUUAUCGCGCUCCUCCACGGCGACCUAGACAACCCUGCGGGCGAUGACAACUUCACCCCGUGCGUGCUGCAGGUGAACGGCUUCAUCGCCGCCUUCCUGUUCUCCAUCGAGACGCAAACGUCCAUCGGUUACGGUUUUCGUUGCGUGACGGAAGAGUGUCCGCUCGCAGUGUUUCUCGUCGUCUUCCAGUCGAUCGUAGGCAGCAUCAUCGACUGCUUUAUGAUCGGCGCAAUCAUGGCCAAAAUGGCAAGGCCCAAGAAGCGAGCGCAGACUCUUCUGUUCUCACGCAACGCCGUCAUCGCCUUGCGUGACGGAAAACUGUGCUUAAUGUGGCGAGUGGGUAACCUGCGAAAGAGUCACAUCGUAGAGGCUCACGUUCGGGCCCAACUCAUCAAACCUCGCGUUACGGCCGAAGGGGAGUACAUCCCGCUCGACCAGCUGGACAUAAAUGUCGGUUUCGAUAAAGGACUCGACCGAAUCUUCCUCGUUUCGCCACUUACCAUCCUCCAUCAAAUCGACGAGGAUAGCCCGCUGUUCGGCGUCGGUAAGCAAGACCUGGAGACGGCAGAUUUCGAGAUCGUGGUGAUAUUGGAGGGCAUGGUGGAGGCGACCGCCAUGACGGCGCAGGCCCGGAGCUCGUACCUGGCCAGCGAGAUCCUGUGGGGUCAUCGGUUCGAGCCCAUCCUGUUCGAGGAGAAGAACCAAUACAAGGUCGACUACUCGCACUUCCACAAGACCUACGAGGUGCCCUCCACCCCUCGCUGCAGUGCCAAGGACAUGAUGGAAAAUAAGUACCUGGCCAUGCCCAGCGUCAACUCCUUCUGCUACGAGAACGAGCUGGCCAUUUUGAGCCAUGAAGAGGAUGAAGAUGAAGGUCUGGAGAGGAUAAAACCGGAGCGAGCAAUGAGCCUCAGCCCAGAGAGAAGCCCCAGACAUGACUUCGAACGACUACAGAAUCCACGCUGCGCCGAGCAAAGGUCGUACCGCAGGGAGUCGGAGAUAUGAACCUUUUUUUGAUUCUCGUCAAACUUUGUUCCUGGAGAUACUCGAGUUACAACAAUGCAGAACAAUGCAAAGUGCCAUACAAAGAGAAAUGAGCAUGAAAGUGAAUGUAUGAAAGAGAGGAGAGCGUCUGGAUGCUGAAUGCAAGAGAGAGUCUUUUUAUCCUGCACGGAAAACUUGAAUCACGUCUUCGUUUUUCUUCUCACAAAACUAGCCGUUUAACUCUAAAUUUGUGUAAAUAAUAAUAUUUCUGCAUAGAUACAUGGUUUUGUGUGCGUUACUUUCAUCAGAAGAGAGAACAAAGUAUUACGUAAGGAAAGACGAUCAACGUUUUUAUUUUUGCAUUCAAUCCGAGCACAAAUGACAAGCAAUGUCGGGGCAAACCGUCCCGUGAGACGCAGACACACACUGAUCAGUGAGACAUGACAAAUUCCCCUUUAAAAGUGCACUACCUAGACAGACCAAAUGGACAAAGUGACCAGCUGAGCGUGAAUGAAUGAAUGAAUGUGUGUGAGUAUGUUUUGUGCAGCUGAGCACAAUGCCUCAUGUUAGACGCACAAGAAGAUGAAGUUACAAGAGCUCCCAUAACGAUGCAUGAAACAGAGAUAUAUUUAGUUAGUUAGAUAGAUAAUGUAAAUGUUAUUAGUUUGCACCAUAUAACUGAAUAUAAUGGCAGAUCUUGAUGAGGAUAAUCAUCUCAUUUCAGCUUUGGUCCCUGAGAUUUGAUCUCUGUGUGAAUCCAGAUGAAAUGUUGACAGAUUUUGUAUACUUAAAACAGUACGCGUGGUAAGAAAAUCUGGUGUGAGUUUAGUACUCGCAAACUAAUCAAUGACAAAAUUUGCGCCACAUGCACUGUAUGCUGACCUAUGUGUGUGCGUAUAAACUGAAGUAUACCCAGGCCUUAAGUGUGAACGCUGCCACCCGAACCAUUGUGUGCACCAAAUAAACCAAACUUUCAAACGGUGGCAGCUCAUGACUUCUUUUCCGAGGAGGCACGAAUGUGAAACUCGUCAAAACAUCAUCAUGCGUGUGGAUCGUCACGUCAAAAUAUGUUUUCGGUGCGUCAUGUCAACCUAUGUGCAUUGAGCGUCAUGUCAAAAUAUGUGCCUGCUACAGAUGCUUCGUAAGGGUUUAUGAUAAAAGAGACGCUGACGUUUGCUAGAUACUCACUUAUAACUCUUUUCCAGACAAGUUAUCUCGUCAAUUAAGAGAAAACAUUUGCAUGAAAAAACGUGUUUCUGAUGAGUUUUUAUGGUUAUCUCCAAUACCGCGAUUAUCCACUAGAUGACUAGAUGGCGCUCUUACCCAAUUUAUAAAAAAAACUAAUUUUUCACUUAAUUUUACACACGUAUGUUUUGAUAAUCAUUCUAAAUCUGAUCUCUAACAAAAUUCCUUCACAAAAAUGCAAUUAUUUCAGCUGUUUGUUAAAAUAUUUAUUUUAUAUAUUAAUUAUAUAUUUAUUUAAGAGUUUAUAAGCAGAGAAAAAAUAUAGAUAGUUUUUUUUCCAUUUUGUUUGUUUGUUUAUUGUCUGUUUGAAUGCAGAGAGUCUGUUCUUUUUAUUUAAUAUAUUUGUAUGUUUAUAUGUUUUUAGAAGAAAAUUUUCCUGGAAGGCAUUUUGUGAAAAAAAGCUGGUGGGCAAUGAGUUAAUCUCAUGUGUAAUCAGAGUUUAGUGUUAAGUAAGUGUUUUGCAAGACACAAGUGUCUCUUUUAUCAUAAACCUUUUCGACGUGUAUGCAGCAGGCACGUAUUUUGACAUGACACGCGAUGCACAUUCCCAUGACACCCCGAACACAUAUUUAGGUUUUUUUUGCAUCUUUAAAAAGGAGGCACUGGCCGCCUUUGCUUUCAAACCACUCUGGUGAAGUUUCGGAAAUGUGAACACAACACGGACCAAAGACAUGAAAACGAACUAAAAACAGGAAAUGAUAACAAGAUGUUAGCCCAAAAACCAGACAAUAUGUAUACAGUAAUGUCAAAUAUACAGUAACAGAGAAAUUCCUGGUGUUGUUUUGACUCUUUUAAACAUUUUAUAAGCUCUUUGCGAGUUUUUCGUUAAAGGGACAGUAAGUAGGAUUUACCCCCAUCUAGUGGUGAAAUUGUAUUUUGCAAUGAAUAGUGCUCUCUAGCGCCUCGCUUUUCCAAAUGCAUGUUGGAACUACGGUAGCUGUUAUGUAAUCGCUGAUCUCCUUGUCCAUUUCAGCUGGUUCACGUGUUUUGAAUGAAAACGCAUUGUGGAAACGCGUAAGCUAGUGCUUUUUGUCCCUCUUUGCUAUUAUAGUUUAUCAAUAUGGUGAAAUGACACGGAAGCCUUCUUGGACUUACGCGUUCAAUGUAAAUGAAGAGAAGAAAUUCUAAACUUACAAAGAAAAGUCAGAUCACUGGCAGAGGUCAUUUGACACCAACGAGGACAUAUUUAUGAAUAAAAACAUUGAUUUUGACUAAUAAAAUACUUAAAAUCCUACUUAUUGUUCCUUUAAUAAAAAUACCCUCAUAUACACGCAUACAACGAGCGAGUUUAGCUUAGCACACAGCAUUGUUUUGGAUGGUCUGCAAAAUAUACGUCAUAAAAGUUGAGCAAUCAGGUUGUGACGUUUCCAUAUGCGUUUAGAUUCGGUUCACCAUUUUAAAUGCGAGUGUGAACGCUAAGCGAACUGGGAACUAAUAUCGUUUUCCUUUUUGGUCCGGACCAGAGAGAACCGUGUGAACACAACCUUAUACUUCUACCUAAUUCCCUUUUCUGACAACCAAAAUCUGAAUCUGAUUCUGCCAACAUAUUAUCUAAAAGAAAUUCGUGAAAAAAUGAUUUGUGAAUGAUUUUAGUGGUUCAGUACAACAAUAAUCAACACAAAAUAAUUUUGACUAAAAAAAAAACGAAUAAAAACUGUUUACAGAAAUGCACUUACAAUGAAAGUCUAUGGAGAGCUGUAAUGUUUUAAAACUGAAUCACACACAGGCUGUAUUUUAACUCUUGGCAUCCAUCUAACCUUUAUAUUUUUACUUGUAUGUGCAAAGAUAGCAGAAAUGGACUGUUUACAAAGAGAAAAGUCCACCCACAGGAAUGUGAGUCCUGAUUCACAGUAAUGCACAACAUCCAACUAAAACAACAACAACAGUCCUUCAGAUUGCCUCACACUAGACUUUCAUUUAUUUUCAGUGAUAAUAGACAGUACUGUACUGUAUCUCAGUGUGUAGUUCAUAUUCAGACUCUAUGACUGAAUAGAUGCUGCAUAGCACUUCUGUAUGUAUGUCUGUCUGUCUGUUUGAUAUGAAUGAAUGUCACACUUAACAAGCAAUAAUCUAACAAAGCAAUAUGAUGUGUGAUCAAAAACCAGGACUCCAGACUCACUUUUUUCACUAGGAGCACAGUGGCAACCAACUGAAAAUUUUAGGGGCGCAACCAGAAAAUUUAGGGGCACAAACUGUAAAUCAACAUGCUAUCCAAAUAUUUAAUAUUUAAUAAAUGCUUUAAUGAUAGAUGCAGAAAGUACAAUGUGCUGUUUUCAAAUUCAGUGUCACAUCACAAAAAAAAGGUCAAAUUUACUGGUUGCACAUGUGCAACUGGAUGUAAAAUUCAGUGGCACAUUCUAAAAUUUUGGUUGCAAAAUGCCCCCAUUUGGUGUCAGUCUGGAGCCCUGAAAAACACUUAAAUUUACUGGUGUGAAAUGAAUCAAUGAAUUUUUUAGAGUUCACGAUCUGUAGAUUUGUUUUAUGAAAAAAAGGAAACUAAAAUGGUUAAAUUUGCUUCUGAUGUUCACUUUUAUCCCAAAGUCUUUUAUAUGAGAUUGUACCACAGCUCACAUGUCAACACAUCAACCCAUUCCCCCUUAUUAUGUAUACAGCGCUAAGCAGAAGCAGGUGCUCAAUGUACUUCUAUAUUUUUGUACAUAAGUAAUUAGCAAUGAAAAGACUGAUAAAGUUUAUGUCAAGCUCAUAUCAUGUAUGAUUCAAUAAAGACGGGUGAAUUGUACUGGGGAGUUUCAUUAUUGUUGCAUCAAAUGCAAAUGAUCAUAUAAGAGUAACUGGAGGUUUAUUAAUCAUAAACAUUUGAAACCUGAUGAUUUGAUUUUGUUUCAUUCUGUGCAUCAUACAAAAUCACAUAAGGACAUUCCUGAUAUUUGAGCUUAGAUCCAUCUGAAGAUGAUUUAUAAAGAAACAAAUUGGCAAUGCUACCAUUAGAUUUGCUGAUGGUCUGGUGUCUGAUGUCUGGUGGUAUUUACACAAAAGUUAUAUACGUAUUUUACAUAAAUAUAAAAAAGCACAAUACAGCAAGAGAAAGAGGAUGUAAAAUAUCACAAAAACAAUCACAACUUUCAGCAAAACCACCAGAACUGACUUCAGUCUAAAUGAGCGCCACCUGCUGAUGAAGUUAUAUGAGUUUAUUCAUCUUCACCUGCAGCACAUUUCUGCUUUUCAAGCAAUUACAGGGAAUCAUUUUCCUUUGUUAUUUAUUAGAUUAAGUUAGAUUUUAUUGCAUGAAAACAGAACAUUACUGUAAAACUGACUGGGAAGUUUAUUAUUUAUAUUUGUAAAGCCCUACAAGGGUUAAGAUGCUACUUACCAAACAAAUAAAGA